CCGGAGGGGAGGAGGUCCGCAUUCAAAAUGAAAGCCCGAAUUAGACAUCACUAAUUCUUACUAUUAUUUUGUGGCAGUUUAUGUGCGUAAAGGAAACGAACUCGAACAUAUUUUUCGUCCGAGUUUCUCCGGUUGUUUCCGAAGGGGCCGCAGCAUCCACGGCCAUGUCCGCACACGAGGGAUCCAGGAUCUUGAGCGCCCCCCCUGGCCUCACGGAGCCCCCCAAGGAGAGCAUGCAGCUGAAGAAGGAGAUCUCCCUGCUGAACGGGGUCAGCCUGAUCGUGGGCAACAUGAUCGGCUCGGGCAUCUUCGUGUCCCCCAAGGGCGUGCUGAUCUACAGCGCCUCCUACGGGCUGUCGCUGGUCAUCUGGGCCGUCGGGGGCCUGUUCUCCGUGGUGGGGGCCCUCUGCUACGCCGAGCUGGGCACCACCAUCACCAAAUCGGGGGCGUCGUACGCGUACAUCCUGGAGUCCUUCGGCGGCUUCGUCGCGUUCAUCCGCCUGUGGACGUCCCUGCUGAUCAUCGAGCCCACGAGCCAGGCGGUCAUCGCCAUCACGUUCGCCAACUACCUGGUGCAGCCGCUCUUUCCGACGUGCGAGCCGCCGUACGCCGCCUCCCGGCUCCUCGCCGCGGCGUGCCUGUGCCUGCUGACGUUCAUCAACUCCGCCUACGUGAAGUGGGGCACCCGCGUGCAGGACGUCUUCACCUACGCCAAGGUGGCGGCGCUCCUCGUCAUCAUCGUCGCCGGCAUCGCCAAGCUGUGCAAAGGUUCCACCGCCAACCUGGAGUCGUCCUUCCAGGGGUCGUCCACAGACCCCGGUGACAUCGCGCUGGCGCUCUACUCGGCCCUCUUCUCCUACUCCGGGUGGGACACCCUCAACUUUGUCACGGAGGAGAUCAAAAACCCGGAGAGGAACCUGCCUCUCGCCAUCGCCAUCUCCAUGCCCAUCGUCACCGUCAUCUACAUCCUCACCAACGUGGCCUACUACGCGGUCCUGGACGUCAGUGCCAUCCUGGCCAGCGACGCCGUGGCUGUGACCUUUGCGGAUCGCACCCUCGGCGUGAUGAGCUGGACCAUCCCCAUCGCCGUGGCUCUGUCCUGCUACGGAGGCCUCAACGCCUCCAUCAUCGCUGCGUCCAGGCUGUUCUUUGUGGGCUCUCGUGAAGGUCACCUCCCAGACGCCCUGUCCAUGAUCCACAUCCAGAGAUUCACUCCGAUCCCCGCUCUGAUCUUCAAUUGUGUCAUGUCGCUGAUCUACCUGACGGUGGAGGACGUCUUCCAGCUCAUCAACUACUACAGCUUCAGCUACUGGUUCUUCAUGGGCCUCUCCACCGCCGGGCAGAUCUACCUCCGCUGGAAGGAGCCUGAAAGGCCGAGACCCCUCAAGCUGUCUCUCUUCUUUCCGGUGGUGUUCUGCCUGUGCGCCGUCUUCCUGGUGGCGGUGCCUCUCUACAGCGACACGGUCAACUCCCUCAUUGGCAUCUCCAUCGCGCUGUCCGGGGUCCCCGUCUACUUCCUGGGCGUCUACCUGCCGGAGUCCAAGCGGCCGCCCAUCAUCACCAGGAUGCUGCGCUACCUGACUUACUCCACCCAGUUCUCCUGCUACUGCGUUCUGACGGAGGCAGACAAAAGCCAAUAGUAGGGAGUCCAGCAGCAGCAUCCACCCCCCCCCCCCUUCUGUCGUCCUCCACGUUGAAGCUCUCCGCUGCCAGCGACCUGUUUACAAAAAUCUGAACGAACUGCUGCAUGAAUGUUUGAUUCUGGAAUUGAGGGACAUGUUAAGGGGAGAGCGAGGCUCUGCUCAUCACCACAGGGACCUGAUGAGGAUGCAAGUACACUUUAAUAAGAGUUUUGUUUUGAAUGCUGCUACGUGAGGACUUGGAAGUCCUCAUAUUUAAUUUUCAAGGUGAGUUUAGCCGUCUGUUGAAAUGCGGUCAGUCCAGCAUCGUAGGAAGUGUCCUUCUUACUUGUUUGUGUGACACUAAAUAAAUGUGGGAUUCUUCAGAGUUCAGCAUGUUUACCGCCUGCAGUCAGGGAAGGAUUGAGAAAACCUGUAUUUCUCCACUACAGUGGGGAGAACAAGUAUUCUGCAGGUUUUCCUAUUUACAAAGCAUGUAGGAGUCUCAUUUUUAUUAUAGGUACUCAUCUGUGAGUGAUGGAAUCUGAAACAUUGUUCUUCAUGUAUUCAUUCUGUGACGUCACUGAGUUAAAGUGAUGUUUCAGGUUCAUAACCUGUCUGCCGGAGCUCACUUUGAUCCAUUUCUGUUCAUAACAUGAACGUUAUAUUUAAAACCGUCACAGCAGCAACCUCUAAAGUGACCUUUCACUAAUAACUACGGGCGGAUCUGUGACGCAAUAAAUGGUAUCACUAAGCAGUUUAUUCCAUCUUGUGUAUCAAAAACGACAGUAACUUAAGUGAUUUCCCAACAUUUGAGUGAAUUCUAUUACUUAACGUUACAUUUAAAAGUAAACUCUUCCGCGCUGUC